GCUGCCAUAGCACAGCUCGAAAGCGAGAAAAGACGAAGCAAAGCAACAGAGACAUCGACACUGCAGCGAGCAUCUUGCUGCUAGCGAGCCUACACCUUCAUCUCCGAUCCACCGCACCCGUGCACCACCAACUCCGAUGGCAGCCACGGUGAUGUCCUCCAUGGGCUCCAUCGCCUUCGCCGCCGCCGGCGCGCGGGCGCGUGCCGGCGGGUUCCCCGUUCGGGUUCCGGCGUCCGCGCUCGCGCCGCGGCGACGCGCGCUGGUAGUCCGGGCCCAGGCCGAGGACGCUGAGCCAACAACGGAGGAGCCCAAGGCGGCGAAGAAGCCGGCGAGCCCGGGGCUGUGGGACGCGCUGGCGUUCAGCGGCCCGGCCCCCGAGCGCAUCAACGGCCGGCUCGCCAUGGUGGGCUUCGUGUCCGCGCUCGCCGUCGAGGCGUCCCGCGGCGGGGGCCUCCUCUCGCAGGCCGGGAGCGGGUCCGGGCUCGCCUGGUUCGCGGCCACGGCCGCCGUCCUCUCCGUGGCGUCGCUGGUACCUCUCCUCAAGGGGGACAGCGCCGAAGCCAGGAGCGGCGGCUUCAUGAGCGCCGACGCCGAGCUCUGGAACGGCCGCUUCGCCAUGCUGGGCCUCGUCGCGCUCGCCUUCACCGAGUACCUCACCGGCGCCCCGUUCAUCAACGCGUAGACGCGUACGGAUCGGAUACGUGUAGCUGUGCAGAGGAGCUAGUCUGACAUUGUGUAGGAUCUAGUCCUGGAAAAAAUAUUUAGGACAAACAUUGCAGGACUCCUUUGUAAUAUCUCUCCGUUAAAUAGUCAUGUAAGUUUGAAAUGAUAACUUUCAAAUGGCCCAAAUGUUUCGUUUU